AUGCCUCGGUACCCUGCGGUUCAACACUCUGGCCCGUCCCAGACAGAUGAGUCUCAUCAGGUGCCACCACCAUGAUUCCUGCUCUCACAUCCUGGCACUUCAUUGGGGCUCCUUUGCAAUAAGUCAAUCAGCUACUACUGGAGAAAAAAAAUUUUUUUCUCCUGGGUAGGGAGAUGGGGACAGGGGCCAUAAGGGAAGCCACAUGCUCCUGGAAAGCCAUAGCCACAGCCGCUGAUCACGUGCUGAACUCUUAGCACCACCGCUGCUGCUGCCUUUAGACUGUAGCAUUGCUUUGCUGAGGUUCUGUGACGCGCAGCCUUUCCCCUAGCUCUGGUCCUCCUCCUCCGGGGGUGGCCCUUGUUUGCAAACAGCAACAGGAAGUUUUGACGCUGCUGAUUAACCAGACUCCCACAGCUCUCUGUGCUGAGUCAUCGCCACUAGUGUCAACCUCUCGCCUGCCCCGCCGACACCACCAGCUUCCAGGUGACCGAAAGGAAGCAGCAAGCAUCCUGUGGUUCCAGUGGCUUCCAUCUGCCACCUUCUAGGGGAGGGGAGGGACAAACUUCCAUCCACCCCAGACAACCAGAAUGUGCAGGGCCCUGAAUGCCAGGAUGGGAAUUUAAUCUAAUUAAACUUCAGCAAGGGACUGAGGGACAGCUUCAUGCCAGGCACCGGGAAAAACUCUUUACACACAGGAUUGCCUUUGCUUUCAUUCAAUCCCCGCAACAUGUGUGCAAACCUCCCACCUGGCAUCCUGCAUGUGUCCAGCAACUCCCUGCACCUGGGCACUAAUCACGCAGGUGGGCUUGGCAUCCUCACAGCCUCUGUAGCACAUGCCUUCAGGGGGAAGAGACCCGGGGACUCAGGAGACUCGAGGCAUCUCCAGAGUCACAGCCUGAAGACGGAACCCCAUGCUCUCCUGGACAUAAAAGCCACACAGUCCCUGGCAGACAGGAUCUGCUCCAAGCAUUUUCCAAAGCCGCAGGGGCUGCUUACAAGACUCUGCCCAUCACCCCCAACCUGGCUGAGCUGGGACCACAUCGACGCCUGGCCUGACUCUCCUACCAGGAUGCCCUCCAAGACCAACACUGAUGCCUGAGCCCUCACCAGGGAGACUGGGGGUGCCCCUACGCGGCUGCUGCACCUGAUGUUGGAAAUGGAGGCUCCAAAAACAUAAGUGAAGUGGGUAUUCCUGCUAAACACUCCACUCAGGGCCUGGGGGAAGGGGAGCAAAUGUCUGUCUGCCCCCCGC